CACACUUUCACUGAAGGGGGAUUCGGGAGUUGGAUGUGCUAUGCGGGCUUCUGUGUAGGAGGAGAGUCCAGCUGCGGCGCGGACCCGGUUAGCGGGAUUUACAGCUGUGCGCGUGCAGAUGUGACAUCGUGCAGGUGUAGAAGCGGCUCAGCGUGUCCGUCGCCAACUCACAGAGACGAGGUGCAUGAGUGGGAUUGACCAGAGGCGCCUGCAGUGAGGUGGAGACAACUUUGAAUUAUCAGCGUUUUUUUCCUCUUUUUAUUUGGGCUAACAUCUGUACAGAUGUCGCUCUUUAGAAAAACGCAGGUUGUAUCCGUGCACACACACACACACGUUGGCGUGCUGUAGAUGCUGUCAACGCAUUGCAUGCGAGAAGAUUUGUUACGAGCACUUAUCUCCUCGUAGAUGUCAUUUAGUUUCCACAGUGAAAACCGCAACACAAAGAAGCUGUUAAUUCAAACCUGUUAAUUGUACAGAUUCCAAAGCCCUCUGGGGGCAAAUUUGUGCUUUAGUAGAAAAUAAAUGGAAUGGAUACUGCUGUAAUACGAAGCAUCCAGGGAACAUUGCAGCUGCUGUGAUUUUUGGACGUGUUGUUUCAGGAAUGGAAUGUGCUGCAGCUCCGCAAUGAGACGUCUUUGGGUCUGUGUCCUGCUUGUGAGCAUCGCCUGCCGUCUGAGCCUCGCCCAGGACGUAGCUGGAACCCCCAAAGAGGCCGAACUGAACGACAACAUCACCAUCUUCACGCGCAUCCUGGACGGGCUGCUGGACGGGUAUGACAACCGGCUGCGGCCUGGACUGGGGGAGAAGGUGACAGAGAUCAAAACCAACAUCUUUGUCACGAGCUUUGGUCCGGUCUCUGACACUGAAAUGGAAUACACUAUCGACGUGUUCUUUCGUCAGAGCUGGAAAGAUGAAAGGCUUUGCUUUAAAGGCCCGAUGGAGAUGCUUCCUCUGAAUAAUCUCCUGGCCAGUAACAUCUGGACUCCAGACACCUUCUUCCUCAACGGGAAGAAAUCCAUCGCUCAUAAUAUGACAACACCAAACAAGCUGCUGCGCCUGAAAGACGACGGGACGCUGCUCUACACCAUGAGACUGACUAUCUCAGCAGAGUGUCCCAUGCAGCUGGAGGACUUCCCAAUGGACGCUCACGCUUGUCCCCUCAAAUUUGGAAGCUAUGCAUAUCCGGUCUCCGAGGUGGUCUACAUGUGGUCUGGGGAACAGGCCAAGUCCGUGGUGGUGGCAGAGGAAGGGUCCCGGCUCAAUCAGUACCACCUGAUCGGUCAGACGGAAGGGACCGAGGACAUCUACACCAGCCGAGGUCAAUACACCGUGAUGAUGGCUCACUUCUACCUGAAGAGGAAGAUCGGCUACUUCGUCAUCCAGACCUACAUGCCGUGCUUCAUGACCGUCAUCCUGUCGCAGGUUUCGUUUUGGCUCAACAGGGAGUCGGUGCCGGCGCGGACCGUCUUCGGUGUGACCACCGUGCUCACCAUGACCACCCUCAGCAUCAGCGCUCGCAACUCGCUGCCCAAAGUGGCCUACGCCACCGCCAUGGACUGGUUCAUCGCCGUGUGCUACGCCUUCGUCUUCUCCGCGCUCAUCGAGUUCGCCACGGUCAACUACUUCACCAAGAGGAGCUGGGCCUGGGAUGGAAAGAAGGCGAUGGAGGCCCAACAGCCCAAGAAGAAGGACCAUUCGGCUCUGUCCAAAAAGCCGAACAACACCUGCUUGUCCGGCGUGAAUUACACCACCAACCUCACCAAGGACGCCUCCAUCUCCACCAUCUCCAACAGCACGGCCGUUCAGCUCAAACCUUCCGAAGCCAAGGCUCCGGACCCCAAAAAGACUUACAACAGUGUCAGCAAGAUCGACAAGAUGUCCAGAAUCGUGUUCCCGGUGCUUUUUGGGACCUUCAACCUGGUCUACUGGGCCACGUAUCUCAACAGGGAACCAGUGAUCAAAGGGGCAGUUUAAGAUCUUCCGUCCUCCUGAAAAACCACUUCAGGGUUUCACCACUGGAACGCGAACCCAACCCAAUGGCACUUAGUCCUUGUACCCUAGAAUCCCCUUUACACUUGGCAUUAAAAUGUGGUUUUGGCUGAUCGCAUGGCCACCGGACAGAGGGCGUGACCUCCCCGAAGGUCACCCGACGGACGGUCCGAUCUCGUCCACCCGACCUGCACCACGAGCAAGUUGGCGAGUUGGUAAGCUCCUCAACAGGAAGGACCUUCACCGAUGGAGUCGGGACGAAGGCCGAGGUGCCUGCUCUCUGAAUCCAAGCAUAUCCCACGCGAACCAAUGCCAACAGGAGCUCAGGUGGGAUCACAUCCAGAUACGACCGGAACACGAUCUAAUGCCAGGUGCAAAGAGGUGAACAGGAGUGUUUUCGUAGGUCAUUGCAUGUCCGUCAACUUCAUGUUGCCUUGAGUUACAUUUUUUUUCCUCUAGAGACUGUUUAAUCUCCUCUUAGAACUUCAGUCGCUGGUUAGUUUCUGCCAUAUUGUGGCAUUUCUUUGAGUUUGAGCAUUUGGCGUUAUAUAUAUAUAUAUAUAUUUCCUCCUCGAGUCUGCAGCCAGGCCGAAUGCUAUGCAAAACUACAUUUCCUGAUGUGUCGCAGCGCUCACUUUGUACAGAAGA